UUUACAGACAGCCGUCAAAAGAAAUAUUUUUAAAAUAUCAGCUGUUUUAUCUCUAAAACGAGUCAUAAUUUAGAUGAUGACAUGAUUGCAUGUGGAGGAUACGCACAGAGUGAAUUUGUCGAAUCUAUUAGUAACAUUUGAAUUUUGGGAUGCAGAUUUGUGUGACGUGUUAAGUGGAUGGUGUCUGAAUGUUGAUGUGAUUGGAAGCUGUGAACCAAAAACAAGUUGUCAGAGGUCAAAGUAUUCUGUAACACCGCUGAUUAUAAAGUUACAGUAUGGUGUAACAUGGUGUCUUCAUGUGAGAAAGCAUGGAUGCAGCAGAAGAUCUGGAGACACUUGGUGAGAAACUGUACUAUCUGAUUUACCCCAAACACAAAGAGAAUGCUGGGAAACUCACAGGGAUGCUGCUGGAGCUGCCAGGUCCGGUCCUGAGUCAGAUGGUGCAGGACAAGGCCACGUUGACCGCGGGCGUGGAGAAAGCCCUCGGAGCCCUACAGCUGGCAAAGGAGCCCAGCAAGGUGCCAUGUAAGGACGUCGAUAACGUGUCUUCCGACUCUCUGGGGGAGCAGCUGUUUGAGCUGGUGGAUGUUUACAACACCGGCCACGCCCAGAAAAUCACAGGAAUGCUUCUGGAGCAGCACAAAGAGGCCGUUUUAAUCCUUCUUUCAGACCCCAAACUGCUGGGAGAGCAGGUGAACGUUGCCCUGAAGACACUUAAAGAGCAGAACAUGGAGACGGACACGAGUGACACGUCAGACGCUGAUGACACAGAGAGGCUCGGGGAGAAGAUCUUCUCACUGGUGGAUGAGCUGGAUCCACUUCAUGCAAAUGACAUUACAGGCAUGAUGCUGGAGAUGGACCCCGCUGCUCUCCAUCAGCUGCUCAGUGACCACACGAUGCUGCAGGUUGCCGUUCAGAAAGCACAAGCAGCACUGGACACACGCAAUCAAACUCCAGAAGAGCACAGCAACAUUUUACGCACAGAAUGAGACAUUAAUAACCGAAUGACUCCGAUGAGCUCGGAUAAUUCGACUCUGGGAAGAGCGGGCAUGUGCCUUUAGGAGAUCAUAGUAAUGCAUUGUUCCUCUAUAAGCAGCUUUGUUUUAUUCUCAUGUGAGUGGACUGUGGAGUCUAAUUCUGACUAAACUUAAUAUAAAUAAUUGAAAAGUUAAGUUAGCCCAAAUUGAUAUUGUACCAUAUUGUCUCUCAGAUAACUGGAUGAGAAUAAGUUUCCAGGUAUACACCCAAGUCGCUCCACCUGGGAGCAGAGCUUCAGCACAAGACAUUCUAAUCGGCCGCUGGAUGGAACGGUCACAGGAUUUACUCGUAAGUCUGUCAAAGACCUGAUGAUUUUUAAGUGUUGCCAACAGUCAUGCUCUGACAAUUUAGUUUUUGUACUGUACAUAAUGAAGCAAGUGUAAAUGGAUGAAAUGUUGCUUAUAUUAUAAAAUACGGCAGAUUAUAUUUAACGAGUAUUUCCACGUUAGCGAUGCAUUCACAUGUAUAUUACAUGGGAAUUAAAUGCUAACCUAUUAACCACACCAUCAUUUAAUCACUUAACAUUGGAGAAAUUUUCCAUCAUAUCUGUGUUAGUUAUGUGCAUAAAUAUGCUGUUGUUUCCAGA